AGAUGAAAAAAGGAAACAUAUUGAUGCACAAGUACGAGCUGGGACGGUUGCUUGGAAAGGGGACAUUUGCCAAGGUUUACCAUGCCCGAAACCUGAGCUCCAGCCAGAGCGUUGCGAUUAAGAUAAUCGACAAGGAGAAGGUGCAGCAUGUCGGAUUGAUUGAUCAGAUUAAGAGGGAAAUCUCCGUGAUGCGCCUUGUUAGGCACCCGAAUGUGGUUCAGCUCUUUGAGGUCAUGGCCAGCAAGACCAAGAUUUACUUUGCCAUGGAGUACGUGAAAGGUGGGGAACUUUUCGACAAGGUUGCCAAAGGGAAGCUCAAGGAAGACGUGGCGCGGAAAUACUUUCAGCAACUGAUUGGGGCUGUUGAUUACUGCCACAGUCGAGGGGUCUAUCACCGGGACAUCAAGCCAGAGAAUCUCUUGGUGGAUGAGAAUGGAAACCUCAAAGUUUCGGAUUUUGGAUUGAGCGCAUUGUGGGAGUCUAGGGGACAAGAUGGCCUCCUCCACACCACGUGUGGAACGCCAGCGUAUGUGGCACCGGAGGUAAUAAACAAGAAAGGUUAUGAUGGCGCAAAGGCAGAUACAUGGUCUUGUGGGGUUGUCCUCUUUGUUCUACUGGCCGGUUUCCUGCCAUUCCAUGACACCAAUCUCAUGGAAAUGUAUAGGAAAACCAGCAGAGGAGACUUCAAGAGCCCUCAGUGGUUUCCCCCAGAAGUAAGUAAGCUUCUUUCGAGGAUUCUUGAUCCAAAUCCAAGCUCAAGAAUAAGUGUUGACAAGAUCAUGGAGAAUAGUUGGUUCAAGAAGGGGUUUAAACAAAUCGAAGCGCCUUUAGCCCUUCCGUGUGAUCCCAGCACCUCAAUCCGCGACGUCCAUGAGGCAUUUGCAUCAACAAGUCAUUCAGCUGGAGAAGGUAAUGCUAGCGGAGCAGGAACAAGCUCCAUGAGGCCAACAUGUUUCAAUGCGUUCGACAUCAUAUCUCUCUCACCAGGUUUUGACCUAUCCGGUUUGUUUGAGAAGGAUAUGAAUCACAGACCACAGGCGCGAUUCACGAGCACAAAACCAGCCGCGACAAUUGUUUCAAAAUUCGAAGCCAUAGCACAGACGGAGAGGUUCAAAUGCAUGAAAAAAGAUGGAACCCUUAAACUGCAGGGUAGCAAGGAAGGCAGGAAAGGGCAGCUAGGCAUCGAUGCUGAGAUUUUCGAGGUCACGCCUUCAUUUCAUGUCGUGGAGAUGAAGAAAACGGCUGGGGACACAUUGGAAUACAUGGAGUUCUGUGACCAUGACUUGAAACCCUCUCUUAAGGAUAUAGUAUGGACUUGGCAAGGAACAGAGCAGCAACAGCCACCACCGCCAGUAGUAGCGCCUGAACUCGUUUCUUAG